AUGCGCGGGACAUCCAGGAACACCGCCGGCGGCGAUACCAAUCUUUCUAAAUUCUGGUCUGUCCCGCCUAAUCCGGGACUGUUAGCAACCCGAGUCCCGGAGGACAUUCGACUGUCGACUGGCGCCGCCGUGAUGGAGCAGCGAGGUGGCGGCGGCAGCAGCAGCGACGAUGAUGAUGAGAUGGUGGACCUCACCGGGGCCACGCUGGACUUCUCGUCCAACUACGACGACCCUCUUCUCGCUUCCGGCGAUUACGAGACGUCCGCGAAUGGCGCCGGCCCUUCCAAGUGGCUGGACCCUCCGGAAGAUGCGGCGCCCGGGCUCGGCACCUAUGAGGACUUCAACACCAUCGACUGGGUCCGCGAGAAGAGCAAGGACCGCGACAGGCACCGAGAGAUCAGCAACAAAAGCAAAGAGUCGGUCUUGUCAAUGGCACUGAGCAUCAUUGACGCCUUCUCGGGUUGGCUACUGAUGCUCCUGGUGGGCCUCAUGUCAGGCGCGGUGGCAGGCGGCAUCGACAUUGCCGCCCACUGGCUGACGGACAUGAAGGGAGGCGUGUGCCUGGCAGGUUUCUGGUUCAACCACGAGCACUGCUGCUGGACCUCCAACGAGACUACCUUCAAUGAUCGACAUCGCUGUCCUCAGUGGCAGAGCUGGGCCCAACUAAUCAGCGGUACCUCACAGGGCGCGUUCGCUUACACGCUGGACUACGUUAUGUACAUCUUCUGGGCGCUCUUGUUCGCCUUCCUGGCCGUGACGCUGGUGCGGGCUUUCGCUCCAUAUGCGUGCGGCUCCGGAAUCCCCGAGAUCAAAACGAUCCUAAGCGGCUUCAUCAUUCGUGGCUACCUGGGCAAGUGGACGUUACUCAUCAAGACGGUGACUCUGGUUCUGGCCGUGUCUUCCGGCCUCAGCCUGGGCAAAGAAGGCCCGUUGGUGCACGUAGCCUGUUGCUGCGCUAACAUCCUAUGCCACUUCUUCACCAAAUAUCGCAAGAACGAAGCCAAGCGCAGAGAGGUGCUCUCUGCCGCAGCGGCGGUGGGCGUUUCAGUGGCGUUCGGCGCUCCGAUCGGCGGCGUUCUGUUCAGCUUGGAGGAAGUGAGCUAUUACUUCCCUCUGAAAACGCUUUGGCGCUCGUUCUUCGCCGCCCUGGUUGCCGCCUUCACGCUCCGGUCCAUCAACCCGUUUGGAAACAGCCGACUGGUUCUCUUCUACGUGGAGUUCCACGCUCCGUGGCACUUGGUAGAGCUGGUGCCCUUUGUCCUCUUGGGCAUCUUCGGGGGCCUAUGGGGGGCGCUCUUUAUCAAGGCCAACAUCGCAUGGUGCCGUAGACGUAAGUCGACCCGUCUGGGACGCUACCCGGUGCUGGAGGUCCUGGUGGUAGCGGCGCUGACAGCUUUGUUAGCGUUUCCUAACGGCUACACCAGGAUGAGCGGAGCCGAGCUCAUUUCGGAACUGUUCAAUGAUUGUUCGCUGCUCGACUCUUCGCAGCUCUGCGGCUACAAACAGCCCACGAACACGACGCAAAGCGGACUUGGCGACGGCCUGGCGGACCGACCGGCCGCGGAAGGCCUCUACACGGCUCUUUGGCAGUUGGCGCUGGCGUUACUCUUCAAGAUGGUUAUCACCGUCAUCACCUUUGGAAUGAAGGUUCCGUCGGGACUGUUCAUCCCUAGCAUGGCGGUGGGCGCCAUCGCGGGCAGGCUGCUGGGCGUAGGCAUGGAGCAGCUAGCCUACUACAAUCAUGAUUGGUUCCUCUUCCGAGGCUGGUGCUCGCCCGGUGCCGACUGCAUUACGCCGGGCUUGUACGCUAUGGUGGGGGCCGCCGCCUGCCUUGGCGGGGUGACGCGCAUGACGGUGUCUCUGGUGGUCAUCAUGUUCGAACUGACAGGCGGCCUGGAAUACAUCGUGCCUCUCAUGGCCGCCACCAUGACCAGCAAGUGGGUGGCCGACGCUUUCGGGCGUGAGGGAAUCUACGAGGCGCACAUCCGACUGAACGGGUACCCCUUCCUGGAGGCCAAAGAGGAAUUUGAGCACAGCAGCCUCGCCGAGGACGUGAUGAGGCCCCGGAGGUCGGAUCCCGCCCUGGCCGUGCUCACGCAGGACGGCAUGACCCUCGGCGAAGUGGAGGCGCUAGUGGAGGGAACGCACUUCAGCGGCUUUCCCGUCGUCGUCUCUCAUCAGUCCCAGCGCUUGGUGGGCUUCGUGCUCAGAAGAGAUCUUCUAAUAUCUAUCGAUAACGCUCGCCAGCGUCAAGAAGGCGUGGUGAGCGCGUCCCAGGUGCUCUUCACCCAGCACACACCCGCGCAAGCCCCGGAAGCCCCUCCUUUCGUCCGGCUUCGGAACAUCUUGGACCUCAGCCCCUUCACCGUCACCGACCACACGCCAAUGGACAUCACAGUCGACAUAUUCCGCAAACUUGGCUUGCGGCAGUGCCUGGUCACGCACAACGGGAGGCUUCUGGGUAUUAUCACCAAAAAGGACGUUCUCAAACACAUGGCGCACAUUGCCAACAGAGACCCCGACUCCAUUCUCUUCAAUUGA